UUAACAGUCUGCAAAUGUACAGGAGACUAUGAGUACCAGGACCCCAAGUCUGAAGAUGAAGUUGUAAAUGUGACAUUUGUGCUCCCAGGUGGGACGGAGAAACACAUUCGAGGCAAAGUUGGUGACAACGUAAUGUACCUUGCACAUAGAUAUGGUGUUGAAUUAGAAGGAGCGUGUGAAGCGUCUUGUGCCUGCUCUACUUGUCACGUGUACGUUGAUGAAGAGCACCUCAACAAAUUGGACGAGCCACUAGAGGAGGAAGAUGAUAUGCUCGACCAGGCGCCAGCAUUGCGCCACAACUCUCGCCUCGGCUGUCAGAUUAAACUACGAAAAGAUCUCGACGGGAUUACAUUCACUCUUCCACCCAUAACGCGGAACUUCUAUGUAGAUGGACACGUUCCACAACCGCACUGA